UCCUGACGGCGGCAGAUCGACCGUGCAAGGGAGGAUCCGGGAAUGCAUGGGGUAUAUGAAGUGCUCGACGAUCGUUGCAAUCGUUGCCAGAAACAUCAUCCAUCCACAUCAUCCUCGACGAGAUCAACUGGAUUGUCAAGAUAUCAUCAUUCUACAUCACCGAAACAAGCCACAAGCCACAAGACCUUACAGUCUCUAUCCACUCAGUCGCUCAACAUGUCGCAGUCGACGCGGUCAUCGAUGCUCCUGAACUUCCUCCUCCUGACCAUCCUAGCCCUAUCCUCCCUGGGGUCGUCUCGUCCCGUCUCCAAGUCAGGAAAUGGCCUGUCAAGAUCUGAUAUCCACUCGAGAUCUGCUAGUCCCGUACGUCUCUUUCCCCCUUGCCCCUAUACAUACUACCCGACGACUAACAGCUCCGCAGAGAGUAGUCCCUUCAAACGGAGAAUACCGCGACAAGCUUAUGAAGGAUAUCUUCGAUUCACUCGGUCUCGGCGCCCUGAACAAGCUAGACGACUGGAAGAAGAAGCUGGAGGACUCCGACGUCAUCGACGACAGCAACAGCCCCAGUAGCACCGUCACAGAAGAGAACAACGCCUCCAUCGUCGACAAACCCAAGAACGACUCGGGUAACGAGCAGACUGAGGACACACCGGACCCCGUCGGGAUCGUGGAUGAUGUCCUCUCCACAAUGAUCGACAAGUUCCACGAGGCAUUCCUCACUCAGGAUGAGCUUACGCUAUUUUGAGACGUUCUGGCUUUGAGUUACUGAAUAAUAAUGGUUUUUGGUCUAUCGAGAAUGGAUGGUCAUCUGUUUUGCGGGUUUCUGUUGGCUCUUCUCUUGAUGGUGCCCUUCUUCAGGGGCGAUAAACGCUUCAGCGUGGUAGAUGUUAAUGAGUUAUGAUGGCAGGUUAUGUACGAGUCAGCGAUAGAUAAUAAAAAGUAAAUCUGAACCAAGAUCUAGCAUUGUUGUCCUCCCCUACUUCGUCUUUCAUACCUGUACAGUCUGCACUCUGUAGACAUUGGCAUUCGCACCAUGAUCCGUGAUGUUUUUUAAGUCCGACUGUUGUCGGACAGCGAGCAACCAGGGUAAUCGCAGCUUUCAAGGUUCUCGAUAACCGCCCCUUUCCCCGGACUUACUCA